AUAAAAAAAAGAAGAAGAAGAAGACGUGCAAGGAGGAGCUGGGGAAGCCAUUUUGUCCCCAGUGCUUGAUUUUUUGCGAAACUGCUUUGUAUCUCGCGCUCACCACCACCAGCACCAAAAACUAAUUCCCGCCUCACUACAGCUUCCACUGAGGUUCAGUUUGCUUCGCGUACAUUCCAUCGGGGUUGUCUAAAGCCUUUGGCUACUUUCUCCAUCCUGUGAAAACUUACACUGUCUCUUCUUCAUUAUCUUUGUCUUUUAUUACAUGGACUACUUCUAAAGAGUAUUAAUAUUCGAAACAGUGAAAGAUAUGUUGUGAUUUCUAGGGGAAAAAAAAAAAGAUUAAAGAAGUGACUACCAGGCAUUACUCUAUAGCCAGGUAACCAACAAGUAUAUAACCUGAAGCUAUGAUCCAGACUUCUCCAACUAAACUAAAAGAGUGCAAGCUAAAGUAUACACUGAAUGCAUACAUAUUCUAGAAUAGUCUUCUAGCUAUUCGUAGCUGCACUAACUAGGUCACGAAACUUUAUCCAGUGCGCCAUCUUUAUCUCGACUCCGUCUCUCCUUCUCCGGUGUAUUAAUAACUUCAUAAUCGGAGAUUCCAAGAAGUCUACGAGUUUGCACCGUCAGCUAUACACACACAUUCCUAUACAAAUUCAAGAUUGCCUGUUUCAAGGUACAUUCAUUGUAUAUAGCUACUACUAAAGUGCCUAGUUCAGUCCUGAUUAUUGAUACCCACUUGGCAUCAGAUACGUACGAUGUAUAAGAGCCUUUCCAUAUAAAGAUCAUAUUCAUAUACAUUAUAUGUAUAUAUAUAUAUAAAGUGAGAGAUAUUCUAAAACAUGCGCCGCAUAUACUUCAUGAAUGUAUAAAGCCAAGUUCUUUAACUGUUGUAUAUAAAUACUCCCUUUACAAAGACGUCCGUCUUCUGCACUUCUGAUCAUCACAAGUGUUUGUUGCUCAUCCCUCAUUAUUUAUGCCUUGACUCUAUCUACAGUCCAGAGUUUGAGCCACUCUGCAUCCAAGGAAUCCAAAGUCAAAAUAGUUUUCCAAGAUAACUAGAGACGUAGAAGGACCUUAAGCGUAACCUGGCCAUUAGUGUAUUCAUUUCUCCGUUGGCCUCUCCCGUCCACAUUGAAAACAUUAUCGCAGCCUUCUGCUUUCAGAUCCUCUACUCUGAUAGAAUAGCCUGAUUCCCUUUAGCUGUACUUCUGUCUGUUUUAGGCACUGUAUCGUCUAUAGAGCGUUUCCUUGAAGCUUGCUUCCCCUGUAAGCAGACGGAAGAAAAAUGGAGGAACCAGAGGAGAAGGAAUCUCUGCUUACUCGCCUUAAGUAUUACACGACGCUCACUCUAGGAACGACGGCAUGUCUGUCCUCCUUCGUCUUCAUGUUCUUAAUCCCAUGGAUUCUUGACCCGUCGAUCUCAACACUCAUGGCCAAUUUCGACCCAGAACCUGUUGUGUGCAUGACCGUUCAGUCGGACCAGCGGAGAGGAAUGAAGAACUGUUCGUGGUCUUCCUGUAAGCACGGCUGCACCACAGAGCAGUUCGAGUGCGACCAGAUCUAUGUGAAUUACAUGCACUUCCCCUGGGCUAAGUACGACGCCUCGAAUUUCGACAACGAGGACAACCUGUGGGUGGGUGUGGGCGUCCCCAUCUUCGUCAACAUCAAGGCCUGUGGGUAUCCGCCCAAAAUCAACUGCUCCGUCUUCGGGGACAGACACGGCAGGGAGAACGACAUCUUCCCUUGCUACUACUCCAGGGUCGACCCCAACAUGGUCAUCACCAGUUACGACUGGAACAAUGAAGUCACGAGCAUUAUUCUGGCCCUCUUGGUCCCGAAUGUGCUGUGCGGUCUGUCCCUGGGCAUCGUCAGUUACUGGUGGUACCCAGGAUGUCAGAAGAGGCGGUGCCAGUACCAGAUUCCCCCAGAUCAAGAGGACGCUUCGUCUAACCAGCAAGAUGGUGACGAUGAUGAUGAAGACGACGAUGAUGAUGAGAAUGAAUAUGACGAAGGCGAAGGCUACGACAAAGAUUCGUUGGGAAGGCGGCAAGAAGGCGAUAUGAAAAAUAAACAGCAGGAAGAAGAGAAGGACCGAGACACUUCCAUCUACCUACCAGAGGAGAAAGUGUGACUACUAGAAAAUGGGGCUGUUGGCCAAGGUGGAGGGUGAUCAUUUCUUCUCCUUUUUCGCUAGUGGGCCAUCUGGGACACCAUUGGAGACACAAAGCCUUGCCACUUGUCCUGGGCAAAACGGGACGAAGCCAUACAGGAUCACAAGGGAGCCGUUACAAAGGCACAUCAUCUAUCUACCACCUUGCCAUCACUGCCCUGCACCAAUUACAUCAGUAUUUCACUUCAAGAGCUGCUGCCGUUUGUUCUUUCAUUGGCAGAGCUAUUAUUAUUUUUUUCGUGGUUACUCAGGCAUUAGCCAUCCAUUCAAAACAAUUCAAGGAUUUCGUUUGUUCUGAAGACCCUAGUGAAAAUAUUGUUCAGCUUUCUGUUGUGAUAGCGUGUUGUAACUCGUAACUUAUUCUCUCUCUCUCUCUCUCUCUCUCUCUCUCUCUCUCUCUCUCUCUCUCUCUCUCUGCUGU